AUGGCCUUGGAGCAAAAACUGGGGUAUGCUGCCGCCGCCGCCACCGCCGCCUUUACACGCGUGAAUGUCGCCUUUCGAUACGCGUUACAUCUCUGCCCUGAGGCUCUAUACACGCAAAAGCUUACUGCGAAUGCGAAAGUACCCGCCAUGGUCCUCGGCUUCGAGCGCAUCAAUGAGCGCAUCCAACGCCCCAAUGCACACAUCAACUUCAUACGCACGCUGCCCGGCCCAACGUCCUCGACCGCUGAGAACAUCCUGAACCGCGUCGCAGCCAUCUGCUAUCCAUUCAUGAAGUCGCACAUGAUUCUUGUGCAGGCGCUCGAAGAAUUUCCCUACAACACCGAGUUUGUGGGUCGCAACUUCAACGCUGGCGAGGUCAUACAGUUGGUGCUGAGAGAUCGCAAUGGGCGGUGGCUGCCCCAGCGCAUGGUGGAAAUGGUCAUGGUGCAUGAGCUUGCCCACUGCAAGCAAAUGAACCACUCCAAGGCCUUCUGGAAGGUGCGGGAUGAGUAUGCGACCGACUUGCGCGCCCUUUGGGCAAGGGGCUACACUGGCGAAGGAUUGUGGGGGAGGGGCAGGGAACUCGAUACAGGCGCAAUGCAAGCUAGUGACGGGGAGCCGGUCGAUGUUCCCGAGCAUCUAUGUGGUGGCACAUAUGUUCACAAAGGCGGGAAGAGAAAAAGAGGUGCGAGGGAGAAGCCAACGUUAAGCUAUGCCGAACGGAAGCAAAGAAGGAUACUGAGAAAGUUUGGUGCAGGAGGACAAUCCCUAGGCGCUGACGAGGACACCAAAGUCAAGCUUGAGAAUGGAGCACAUAAGAAAGGAAAACCCAGGGUUGCAGGGAGUGCACGAGGUCGCGAGCUUAGAGCGGCGGCGGCAUUGGCACGUUUCGAUACAGCAAAGAAAGACGACGUCACCAUCAAGAAGGAAGAGCCAUCAUCAGACAGUGAGACGGAUGACGAGUUUAUCGAGGGCGAUCAGAAUGGUGCAGCAGUCGACGUGGAUGGCAAGAGCAUGUUCGACGACAAAGGCCGCGCACUCAUCAAGGUCUGCGAAGACGAGAUCGACCGAGAUGGCGAUGCCAGGCGAGAGCUGGAUGAAAUAACUGGCUUUGGAUCCUCUCGUAAAGUUUCGAAAAAGCUACCACCGCCAACCAAGACCCCGGGCAAGCCGCUACCACAUCCAAAGCCGACAACGAGUUCCGCACCGACGGCCACGACUAAAUCCAGUACCAUUUCCAAGCAAGCCUCUUCGAAAUCGACUGUUACACUCCCGGACCUGUAUAGUCGUCGUGCUGAUUCUUCGCGUUCUACACAUAGCCACCCCCAUACGCCUUUACAAUCUUUCGCCUGCGCGUGCCCAAUCUGUUCGCUUGAGAACACUGCUGACGCGCUUACAUGUGCUGCAUGUGCCCAUGUGUUGAAGGAGGAUUUUGUCGCUGGUCAUUGGACGUGUGAGACCUCGGCUUGUAAGGAAAGCCUGUAUAUCAACGCGGGGGAUGCUGGUAUAUGCGGCAUAUGCGGGGUGGCGAGGCACAGGUGA